AUGUCUAUAACAACACUGUAUUAUUUACAAAUGAAAAAAGAAAAUGCCCACGAAGAUGCCAUAUGGUGUUGUGGGUGGAGCCAAAUUACACAUGAAAAAACGAAAGAAGCGAGUGAAAAUGCAGAAAAUAUUGAAAACUCACAAGAUUCAAAUCAUUCACAAGAACCUCCAGAAAACUAUAUUAUCACUGGAGGGUUAGAUGAUAUAAUAAAAAUAUGGCAAUUAGACAAUGGUAAAUUGGAAGUAAAGCAUCAGUUAGAAGGCCAUUCGCUUGGAGUAAUUUCUGUUGCUGUAAGUCCAGAUGGAAAAACCUUAGCAAGCAGUUCUCAAGAUUCCUCGCUAAUUUUAUGGGAUAUAAUAUCUGGUGAAAAAUUAAAAACCAUGGAAACAGGCACAACGGAUGUGUGGACUUUAGAUUUUUCCCCUGAUGGUAAACAUGUAAUUUCUGGUAGCAAUGCAGGCAAAAUAUUAAUAUUCAGUGUUGAGAGUGGCAAACAAGAGCAGACAUUGGAUACCAGAGGGAAAUUUACACUCAGUGUAGCUUAUAGUCCAGAUGGUAAAUACAUUGCCAGUGGUGCUUUGGAUGGUAUCAUAAAUAUAUUUGAUGUGGCCCAAGGGAAGUUAGUACAUACUUUAGAAGGUCAUGCUAUGCCAAUAAGAAGUUUAUGCUUCUCACCAGAUUCACAAUUACUUUUGACUGCUUCUGAUGAUGGACAUAUGAAGCUUUAUGAUGUGGUCCAUGCAAACUUGGCUGGUACAUUAUCUGGCCAUGCAUCAUGGGUGCUAUCAGUAGCUUUUUCACCAGAUGGCAAACGUUUUGUAUCUGGGAGUUCAGACAGGACUGUGAGAGUAUGGGAUUUAGAUAGUAAACAGUGCCAACAUGUGUUUAAGGAACACAAUGAUCAGGUGUGGGGAGUCAAGUUCAAUGCAGAGAGUAAUAAAAUAAUAUCAAUAUCUGAAGAUAAAAGUAUAAAUAUUUAUGAUUGUCCUUUA